UCUCACAGCCGCUGUCUGGAUGUCCAUGAAAGGCAGAGGAUCCAAAUACCAGAAAAGAGUGUCGUUUUCUGAGGAUGAAGAUGAGCAGUGCUGGAAAGAGGAGAACGGCGGUGUGGACGCACAUCACCUGAAAUCCGUCAAGACGGUCAGCGAUUCAUCGGGAUAUUACCGGUACAACAUGAAAUCUUCGGAUACGUUCCCCCAUUGCAGGAUGACCCUACCACGAGAAAAGGGCCGACGACAGGCGGUUCGCGGACCGGCGUUCAUGUUCAACACCCGUGGCAGCAGCCUCACGGCGGAGGAAGAACGUUUUUUGGACGCGGCGGAGUACGGCAACAUCCCGGUGGUCCGGAAAAUGCUGGAAGAAUCACCCACACUCAACGUGAACUGCGUCGACUACAUGGGACAGAACGGGCUACAGCUGGCCGUCGGCAACGAACACCUGGAGGUCACCGAGCUGCUCCUGCAGAGAGACAACCUGGCCCGUGUCGGGGAUGCGCUUCUGCUGGCAAUUUCCAAAGGUUACAUGCGUAUUGUGGAGGCCCUGCUGGGACAUCCGUCCUUUGCGGGCGGCGAACGACUCACCCGCAGCCCCUGCGAGUUGCAAGACGACGACUUUUACUCGUACGACGAGGACGGCACACGGUUCUCGCCCGAUAUCACGCCUAUCAUCCUGGCCGCCCACUGCCAGAAAUACGAGGUCGUGCACAUUCUGCUGAUGAAGGGCGCCAGGAUCGAGCGGCCUCACGACUACUUCUGCAAAUGCGCUGACUGCACGGAGAAGCAGAGGAAGGACUCGUUCAGCCACUCGCGGUCCAGGAUAAAUGCGUACCGUGGACUGGCCAGUCCGGCGUAUCUCUCUCUGUCCAGCGAAGACCCCGUACUGACCGCGCUGGAGCUGAGCAAUGAGCUCACCAAACUCGCCAACAUCGAAAAAGAGUUUAAGGAUAAAAAGAACCGUAAUAAAGAGACAUCUCAGCACAAUGGCUUCUUUCUGAAUGACUACAGGAAGCUAUCUAUGCAGUGUAAAGACUUUGUGGUUGGCGUUUUGGAUCUGUGCAGGGACACGGAGGAGGUGGAGGCCAUCUUGAACGGAGAUAUAUCCGCCGAGCUCGAAGAAGGCCAGCGUCAUCGCUCCCUGCUCAGUCGUGUCAAACUGGCCAUUAAAUACGAGGUUAAGAAGACAGAUAUAAAGCUGUGCACCCUGAUCAGAUUGGAGCUUCGCCAGGCUGUUGAGGAAGCUCAUGCGUGUAACCUGAGAGGAAGACACCUCAGGAACCUUUUCAGGGGUCUGUCACCGCUGUUUGGAUUCCCUCCAAGCCACACUCAUUUACUCACCGCAGAGGAUCAGAUGGUUCUCGCUGUAGCUCUAGGGCAGCUCUUUACUAAUGACAGGAGAGAAAGGGCCGCCACAGGCUGCAGAUCCUGCACUUAUGAUGAUCGUGGAGAAGACAGGCACAGUUUAUUUGGUAAAAUACUACGCAGUCCUUUUAUGAAGUUUGUUGCUCAUGCGGCCUCCUUUAUCAUCUUCCUGUGUCUGCUGGUGUUCAAUGCGUCCGAUCGGUUUGAUGGCAUCACCACCCUUCCCAACGUCACCGUCACUGACUACCCGCUCCAGAUCUUCAGAGUCAAGACCACACAAUUCACCUGGACAGAAAUACUGAUCAUGGUCUGGGUAGCAGGCUCAUGGGUUGAGGAAAGCUUUAAAACUCUCUUUUGGUCCAUAUUCGGCCUGUCUGAAGUGUCUUCUGUGGUGUUGAAAUAUGAUCAUAAAUUUAUCGAAAACAUCGGCUACGUGCUGUACGGAAUCUACAAUGUUACCAUGGUGGUGGUUCUGCUCAACAUGCUUAUUGCCAUGAUAAACAGCUCAUACCAGGAAAUAGAGGAUGAUGCAGAUGUGGAGUGGAAGUUCGCUCGGUCUAAACUCUGGCUCUCGUAUUUUGACAACGGCAAGACUCUCCCGCCUCCAUUCAGCAUCGUCCCCAGUCCGAAGUCCUUCUAUCUGUGUAUCAAGAGACUGAUCAACCUGCUCCGGUGUCGCCGGCGCCGCCUGAAAAAAGACGUGGAGCUGGGCAUGGACAACUCGAAGUCCAGGCUGAACCUCUUCACCCAGUCGAGCAUGAGGAUGCCGGACUCUCACAGCUUCAACAGCAUCCUAAAUCAACCCACACGCUAUCAGCAAAUUAUGAAGCGUCUCAUCAAACGCUAUGUACUGAAAGCACAAGUGGACAAAGAAAAUGAUGAAGUGAAUGAAGGUGAGCUGAAGGAGAUCAAGCAGGAUAUUUCCAGUCUGCGAUAUGAACUGCUAGAGGAGAAAUCUCAGGCCACAGAAGAGCUCUCACUCCUCAUACAGAAACUCAGUGACAAACUCAACCCUUCUGUCCAUCCGCACCGAGCCAAUGAAGGGUGAAGUCAUUCUUUGUUAAAUACUUUAUUACAUUUCAAUUUUAAUAUGCAGAACAUCUGCCAUUGUUCUAAGUUUUGUCUGAAUAAUGGCAGAUGAAGGCAU